AUGCCGUUUUCCGUUAACGGCAUCCUUUGCACACUUGCGCUGCUGGUCCUGUGGCGGGCGGAGGAGCUGGUGGAAGCGUGCAGCUGCGCUCCGGUACACCCGCAACAGGCGUUCUGCAACGCCGAUGUAGUGAUUCGAGCAAAGGUGGUGGGAGAGAGAGAGGUGGAUUCUGGGAAUGAUAUCUAUGGGAACCCCAUCAAGAGGAUCCAGUAUGAGGUCAAACAAAUCAAGAUGUUCAAGGGGCCCACCCAGGACAUCGAGUCUGUCUUCACUGCUCCUGUGUCCGCUGUUUGUGGCGUUACCCUCGAUGCCACCGGCAAGAAGGAGUAUCUGAUCUCAGGCAAGGCCGAGGCCAGCGGGAGCAUGCAUGUGACCUUGUGUGACUACAUCAUGCCCUGGGACUCCUUGAGCACCACCCAGAAGAAGAGCCUCAGCCAGCGCUACCAGAUGGGCUGUGACUGCAAGAUUGUGCGCUGUCCCUCUCUCCCCUGUGAGAUCUCCGCACCUGAGGAGUGUCUGUGGACAGACCUGAUGAUCGAGAAGCAGGUGCACGGUCGCCAGGCCAACCAUUAUGCCUGCGUCAAGAGGGCGGAUGGCUCCUGCUCCUGGUACCGCGGUGUCGCACCACCCAAAAAGGAGUUCCUGGACACCGAGGACCCUUAAACACGUGCGACUGCACACCGCAGAGCCUGACGCAGAUAAAUGUAAACAAUUCCAUUGAAAUUUUAAGUGAUUUUUUUUUUUUUUGAUAAUGGAAUAAAAGGCAAAACUAAUGUGACUGAAAUGACCUGCUGGUCUGAAAACAACCUUUAGCCACUCUUUUGUUGUUUGUUGUCUGUGAGGCAGCUUUCGCCCUUUUGUGACUGUAAGAUACUGUGGGGAGGACCGGGGGUUGUUCUCAGACACAGCAGCUCUGUAAAAACCUAAAACGGCAUCAUGAGACAUAGACUGGUCAAGUGAUGUAACUUCCUCCUGAGGCUGGCGUCAGGAGGAUAAAAAUUCUCAGUGAGACAGAGCACUUCCUGCCCCUUCAAAGCUCUUUUAACGGCUCUGAUCUCGACCAUUCAAUCCCCAAUCUUCAGAUGACCAUUGGUUACCCAUCACGUUCCUACUUUUAUUACCUCAUUCUCCAUUUUUAUUCCAAAGCCAAAUUCCAAGUUGCCUUUUUUUUUUUUUGUGUUUGUCUAUAUGAUUGUGUGUCUCUCUCUCUCUCUCUCUCUCGCUCUCUCUCUCGCUCUCUCUCUCUCUCUCUCUCUCUCUCUCUCUCUCUCAUGGUUUUCUCAUCUUCUCUGCUGGGAACUGUUUCACACCCAUGCAUCAUGCUUUCUUUAAAAAUACCAUGAAUCAUCUUGCACGGCUAGUGAUCUUCUCUGGUUUCUUCGGGUGAUUAUUGCGACCGUCACCGGCCUCACUGGACCAGUCUAUGCUGCGUGAAGAUGAUGCUCUAAAUUUAAACACCACCUUUACACCGCCCCAGAGUCCAAUCCAAAAUAUCUCAAAUUAUUCACGCUUCCUCCUCCUUUCUUCCUGAGAUCUUCACCCCCACCCCCCCCCCACCCACUUUGUUAUGUAGCUGUACAGUAUCUAUGCAUAUACUUUUGUUGUUACUUGAUAAUAAUAAUAAUAAUAAUAAUAAUUAUUUACUGCUUUAGAACUAGAUUUGCACUUUUUGAGGAUGAGUUCCAGUAAAGACAAGAGCCUGAACACUCUGAUGUGACAGUUAUUAUCGUUCGCCCCGACCGACAGAUCCACCUCAGGUGCAGAUUUUUCACCCAUUUUGAGUGCGUUGGUGAUUCAUAUUCAGAAAACGCGAGCAUAUUCUUGCUAUCUUUGUCAUAACAUAUAAAGUAGUACUUGCAGGGAAAGGGAAAACAAAAAGUGGAUGUGUGAAAGGUUUGGAUAAAAGGGAUCUUUUUGCAGAUUUUAUGUGUGAAAGAGAAACAAAAAGAGCUCCUGGGAUGUUAUUACAAUGUCUUUGUAUUAUCUGUUGAUUGUAAAUGCAAACAGCAGUUUUCAUGAUUUGCCAAUAUAUUCUUGCAGACAGUUCAUUUAAUUAAAAAAAAAAAAAAAAAAAAAAAAAAGGUCUUUAUAU